UCCUCUCAGCUGUGCACAGUCGGCCAUGUUGCCUCCCAGUGGUUGCUUCUUGCUUGCCUUUUGCUUGUUCCGGUAUCUCGGUUGAUUCCGUGUAGCUUACACAGAAUGCGUUGCGGCUGCUUGGACGCAGUAGCCGUUCCUUUCCACAGGCCCACUGUUCUCUCGCCGUGAGAGAGCACGCGAGCGCAUACAUAUCACACGUAUGUUUGUUGGAUUUUGCAACUUCAUUUUUUUUCGGAUGUCCUUUGUGAACUGCGACUUCAGCACACCAUCUGUGCUUAUUUGUUGUCCUCAUUCGAAUCACGUACUCGGAAAUAGAGGAGACGUCGCUGUUCACGGAUAUUGGAGUUCUGUGGACUGCUCACCCAGUGUGUGCUCGCUGGUCAGACGUUACCUCUUGGAUUAGGAGCUCCGCAGCUAGCGCAAUUCCACAGCAGACCACACAGUGCUACGAGUGCUAGCUGCCCAUCUAGAGGCACUUUGGAUGGAACGUUAACAUUAGUUGUUAGCCUACUAGCUUGCUUGAUUUUCUUCACCAAGCGGCUUAUUUUCGGACGUUAUUCCCCCCUGUUUGUAAUCUGGAAGAAAUUAAUUUGUCUUCAAAUAUCAUCAUCACCGUAUACAAACGUUACCUGCUUAAGUUGAUAAGGUAAAGCCAGCUAUUCAUUUUCUGCAGCGAAGGUCGGUCGAGCUGGAACCGAUUUAGACCGGCCUGAUGUGUUGAAUCUUCGGGCUUGAUUUUGGACUGCCUCAACACUCAAAGAUCCGACAUUUUACACGGCAGCAGUUUUUCUUCAUUCUUUGCAGAUACUCAUGUGGGGCCCCAAAUCAAGUGCUGCAGUCGGGUUUAUGAAAGGCAAGAACGUGACACGUUGAUGUGCUUCCUUUGUUGGAUUGCCACUUGAUGGUAACGUUAACAAACGUUCAUUUGGACUGGCUAUCAUUUCUGUAAUCUAUUUUCAGUUUGUGUAUUCAGUAUAUCAGCGCGUGCAGUUGUUGGGAGCAACAGGACAUUGGCUACUAACCUGAGUGUAUUUAUACGUUCAGACGUCUGGAAAACUUUUGCAAUUAUUUUUUUUCCACCUCUGUUGACAUGGACACGUACUUCUAAUGUGGGAUUCAACUUGUUGAUCUUUGUCUGCGUGGCUAGCUGUCUUGCUAGCUUGCUAGCUCUUUGGACCUUGUCGAUCCUGGGUCUUCGACCAAAUAAGGACCGUAAUAACACCCACUGCUAAAUGAGUGUAUGAUUCUUAGACAUUUUUCUUCAUCCCUGGAUCCCCUUUUGAAGAUACCCCACCAAAAAUGUCAUCACGGCCUCCGUUAUUAACUGUCAUAGAAAACUCGUCAGGCCAGGAUUCCAAAUCAGGGGGCCGUCCUAGUAUGCCGCGCUGCCGGAACUCUGUCACCAUGUCUGGGGAGGACCCGCACAUCGGCAACUACCGGCUGCUGAAGACCAUCGGCAAGGGCAACUUCGCCAAGGUCAAGCUGGCCAGGCACGUGCUGACGGGGAAAGAGGUGGCCGUGAAGAUCAUAGAUAAGACACAACUCAACUCUUCCAGUCUCCAAAAGCUCUUCCGGGAAGUGAGGAUCAUGAAAGUCCUGAAUCACCCAAACAUAGUGAAGCUGUUUGAAGUGAUUGAGACAGAGAAGACCCUGUAUUUGGUAAUGGAGUAUGCGAGCGGAGGGGAGGUGUUUGACUACCUUGUUGCUCAUGGGCGUAUGAAGGAGAAGGAGGCCCGUGCCAAAUUUAGACAGAUUGUCUCAGCAGUUCAGUACUGUCAUCAAAAGUGCAUUGUACACAGGGACCUAAAGGCAGAGAACCUGCUUCUGGACGCGGACAUGAACAUCAAAAUCGCCGACUUUGGCUUCAGCAACGAGUUCACGGUGGGCAACAAGCUGGACACGUUCUGCGGCUCCCCGCCCUACGCCGCGCCCGAGCUCUUCCAGGGCAAGAAGUACGACGGGCCCGAGGUGGACGUCUGGAGCCUGGGGGUCAUACUCUACACGCUGGUCAGCGGCUCGCUACCCUUCGACGGACAGAACCUGAAGGAACUGCGGGAGCGUGUUUUGAGGGGGAAAUAUCGGAUCCCUUUCUACAUGUCCACGGACUGUGAGAACCUGCUGAAGAAGUUUCUUAUUCUCAACCCCUCCAAGAGAGGCAGCCUGGAACAAAUAAUGAAGGACCGCUGGAUGAAUGUGGGCCAUGAGGAGGACGAGCUGAAGCCGUACCUGGAGCCAGACCUGGACUAUAACGACCCCAAGAGGACGGAUAUGAUGCUGCAGAUGGGCUUUACCGCAGAGGAAAUUAGAGACGCCCUCGUCAACCAAAAAUAUAACGAGGUCACGGCGACCUUCUUAUUGCUGGACUACAAAAACUCAGAGUUGGACGAGAGUGUCAACCUGCCAACAAAGCCUCGCCCUGGAAGUGACCUCACCAACAGCAACGCCCCGUCGCCACCUCACAAAGUAACGCGCAGCGUCUCGCAGCAGAAGCCUCGCAGGGCCACAGAUCAGGGUUCAUAUUCAAAGCGUGCUCAGGGGGACAACAAGCACAGCAGUGAGGAGACGGGCCGCAAGGGCUCCAGCAGCUCGGCCAAGGUGCCUCCCAGCCCCAUGAGCUCCAGCGACCACAAGAAGAGCUCCACCCCCUCCUCUGUGAGUGCCAAGGGCAAAAACUCAAUCCUGUCCACCGGCACAAGUCACAGCAGAAACUCUCCGCUCCAAGAGAGAUCACUCGGGGUCCAUAAUGGCAAAGACAGCCUGAACACUCCCGGGUCCCGUGCCUCCACGGCCUCUGCUGCCGCCGUGCUCACCAACACAUCCUCCUCCUCACGCUCCCGACACCACAAGUCCCAGUCCACCUCCGCACACCCCUGCCCCACUGACCUGCACACACACCAGCGGCCCAGCGCGCAGCCGCUGAGGGCCCCUGGCGCCUCCCCCUCGGCCCACAACAUCAGCGCGGCGGCGGGCGACCGCAACACCAACUUCCCGCGGGCGCACCCCAGCCGCAGCACCUUCCACGCGGGUCAGGGGCAGCGGGGGGCGCGCGACCAGCAGGGCUCGCCCUACCACCACGGCCCGCCCGCCUCCCCCUCCCUCUCCCACGGCAACAGCCAGCAGAGGCGGCCAGCCGCCUCGGGCAUCUUCAGCAAGUUCACCUCCAAGUUUGUGCGCAGAAAUCUGUCACUCAGAUUCCCCAGAAGGGGACCAUAUGAGGCAGAGGGUCGGGAGGAAGGGAGCAGGUCCAUGUUGAGCAGCACAGUGGACAAGUCUGAGAAGGUAGGAGGAGGAGGAGGCGGCGGCACGCUGGGCUCCGGCGGCGGCGACGAGAACAAGGACUCCUUCAGCUCCUCGUCCCCAGGCAGCGGCACCCCGCCACCAGCCUCCUCCCUGGCGCCGCCCACCUCCACGACUGGAGGUCCACCGGGUUCGGGUGGCGUUGGCGGAGGCGGACUGAAGGACCAGGCCAAGCCGCGCUCGCUGCGCUUCACCUGGAGCAUGAAGACCACGUCGUCCAUGGAGCCCGGCGAGAUGAUGAAGGAGAUCCGCAAGGUGCUGGACGCCAACAGCUGCGAGUACGAGCUGCGCGAGCGCUUCAUGCUGCUGUGCGUGGCGGGCAACCCGGCGCGCGACGACUUCGUGCAGUGGGAGAUGGAGGUGUGCAAGCUGCCGCGCCUCUCGCUCAACGGCGUACGCUUCAAGCGCAUCUCCGGCACCUCCAUCGCCUUCAAGAACAUUGCCUCCAAGAUCGCCAACGAGCUCAAGCUGUGAGAAGAAGAUGGAGGAAUGGAUGGAUGGAGGGAGGGAUGGAGGGAGGGAGAGGUAGAGGGCUCAGAUGUUGGGAGCAGGAUAGGAAAGACUGAAUGAACAAGCAGGAUUUAGGGUGGGGAGGGGGUCGAAAGCAGCGCCACUGUUGCACAGAGUUUAGUCAUUUUUAGGGCAGCAGCUGACUUUUUUUUCUUCUCGGACUGCUUGGCGUUAGGAAAGGAGGAACAAAAAACGAGAAACGGUGUAGAAUUUAGUCUAUAAAGGCUCCACCUGAGGCAACGCCAAACGAAAAACGAUGGUUCUGUUGGAUCCUCAACAUGUGAUCUGUGUUUUUUGUUCCUUUUUUUGUUUGUUUUUAUUUUGUUUUUGUUUCUUUUUGUCGCUGCCUCUGUAAGAAAUGAUUUUUGUAUAUUAUUUUCCCUCAUCUUUGUGAAUAGUUUUCAUUGAAAUCUCAAGCUUGCGCUUGGGUUGGAGAAUCACUACAUCAGUGUUGUAAGGUGAAAGCGUGACUGCCUUGACUCGGGAGAAGUGGGAUGGGGGGGACAGAUGGCUAUCGUCAUAGUCAGUGGUCAUUAUUCUGAUCUCAAGAAGACCAGGAGGUGUAUUCCAAUAAGGGGUUUUAGUUACUAGCACAGCAAAGGUUAACCCUAGGUGAGUUGUGAAUCUCCUAACAGAAGACUUAUCCUUCAAGGGAAAGCCACAGACCACGUCUGUCACAAGAGUUAACUUUACCAUUUGCUCAUAUCAAGGUAAGCGGUUAAUCUGCCCUCUGGAAUACCCCACAGCUUCCAGCAGUGAUGGGCAACCUGGUUUCAACGGUCCAGUGCCACAUAUUCCAAAUGACUUGGUUUUACUUGUCCAAUUGAAUCGGGUGCAGAUCCCUUGCUUGAAUGCUCACCUAUUUCAAUUGUAAAGGUAAAACCAGGUCAUUUGCAAUAUAUGACAUAUGGAUUGUAAAACUACUAAAUCCAGGUUGCCCAUCUCUGGUGGUUGGACUCCCCACGGCAUAUCCUCUGAACCCCCCACUCCACUGCACUCCUGCCUCCAGCAGCAGCAGCAGCAAGCACAUCAUCUGAAGCACUUCCACAGACUGAAACGCCUCAUUGCUGCGAAUGUGUUUUCUUUCUUCUGUGUGAUUUCAUGCGCUUAUUUGGUGACCAGGUGGGCAAAAUAGAAGUCUUAUCUGCCUUGCCUCGUCUCUGCCUUUACUUUAUCACAGACACGUACGCGUACACACCCCCUUCGGAUCGCCAAACACUUCAUCACCUUCUCGUGCUGACACUAUCUGAAGGUGAUUUAGUUUGUCUUGACUUUUUUGUGUUUCUUUUAGCUCUUGUCUGCUGGGUUUCACUGGAUUUUUAGAGUUCAGUUAUAUUUUUUGCCUUUUUGUUCAGUUUUUUUUGCGAGUAAAAGAUGAAUUGAACUGAGAAUCAGAAUGUAUUUCAUAAGUAUUAUUAUGGAUGAUUGGUGAUUUCUUUUUUUUUGUGGUUGUUCACAAGCAAUUAUUAACAGUGAGUUUAGGUUGCACCACCACCUCCACCUCUAUAGAGAAUGUCUGAGGAUGUUUUGGAAAACAAAAAUCACAUACACGACAUGAAAACUACUCCAUUUUGCCUCAUUUUAGUGUCUACUCACCAAGAAAUGUGAGAAGAAGGAGAAACGUUCAUCCUUAAAAACUCUCACCUCCAUGGCCAUGUAUGUGUAUACAGCUCACACCCCCGACACCCCCCAUUUUUUGCUGGUCACUUGAACUCCCCACCCACCCGCCAACUCCAGGAAACCCAGGAACCUCCCCCCUACAGGACUUUGUAGUGACUGACUGAGGACUGGCUAUUUGACCUGCAUCUUCCAGGAGCCCCAUACUCUGCCCCAUCUCUCAGCUUCUGAUGCCCCUCUUUGUCAGCCUUGGGCUCUAAAACUCACUCCCCCAACCCCCCCAUGAGAAGCUUGUGCUCUGCCUUCCAGUGCAAUGGAUGCCCAACUUGUCAUCAUCAGCAUUAAUGUUGUUGAUUAGAAUUGUUAUUAUAUCACAUUUCGCUGUAAUUGUAUUUUUAUGAAAGAAAACCAGAGGCUGUGUGUGUGUGCGUGUGUGUGUCUAUGUGAGGUAGUGAGAAAUGAGUGUGUGAACCAGGAUGGAGUUAGGUGUGUGCGUGUGUGCCUGCCUCAAAGUGAAAAGACCGGGGCGCCUGCAACCCAAAGACCUGUCACACAUAUCUUGUACACGCUGAUUGUAUGAGGACGACAAGAAAGACCCCAGUGAAACGCAUCACUACAUCAAGAUUAUUACAUCACUUUACUACUGCUCAUUGCUUUUAAGAAAUAUCUUUCGUUUUUGUUUUUCUAUGAUAUUUUGUUGAUGGUGUGAUGUCAAAUAGAGUACUAUAGAUUGGCAGGGAGAAAAGCACAGAUGACAGGACGAAAGAAAGAGAAGUGGUGGCACUGUGGGUGAAUGGUCGUGUGUUAGUGAGAGAGCGUGCGAGCGAGCGAGAAAUGUGUGUGAUUGAUGGACUGUGGUAUGAGGUUGUGUACGUGUUCAGUUACCUGUACAUGCAUGCAUCACCCUCUAAUUCGGAGGUAAAAUGGGGGGGUAGGUUCAACAUUUGACGUGUCAAGAGAUUCUAGUGGGGUGGGUGGGGGGACGGUAGGAUGCAGCCCUAUCAGCUAAACAGUUUCUGGGGUACCUGUGCACAACUGUAUAUUUUAUAUCUUCUCUGAUGAUGAUCUGUUUUUAUUUUCAAUACAUUUUUUUUGUUGUACUCUCAAAUGAUCGUUGUCUAUGGUGCUGGGAAUCGCAUUGUUAUAUUAUUGUUAUUAAUAUUUUCUUCAGGGUUGAUUUUUAUUUCAAAAUUUUCAUUGCUGUAAUUUUUUUUCAAUGAUUUUUUUUGUGUCAAGACUCUGAAAAUGGCAAAGGGUUAGCAAGAACUGGGUGUGAUGAUAAAUGUGGGUUUUUUUGCAGAGAUAAUGGUUAUGAUUGAUUCAAUGAUAGUAAUAAAAACAAAUGAUACAAAAAAAAUUAAAACCGGUUGCGUUGAUAUUCACGCAAAGAAAGAAUGUGAUUCUCUUCUCUUUUUGUUAGGGUCUGAUGUUAAGGAUCUGUGAAAGUGGUAUGGUCCAUCAGAGCUUUUGUCCUGAGUAACUUGAAAUGAAAAUGUCCUCCCGAAAAGUUUGGCACCAUAUUGGCACGUUCAGUCCUCUCUGUUAAAAUAUCUCCAUGCUGCAUCAUCAUUAAAACUCCAGCAUCUCUGAUCUUAA